AUGAAGGCCAACAAAGCAACCCCCACGGGCGACUGGAAGGAGGAGAGCACGGUGUUUGCCGACGUGGAACCCAUGGAGCUACAAGGCUCAUCCGUUCGGGUGUACGACUGCGCUGGACAGGUGACUAGUGUUGUUCAUGCCGAAGCGUUUUAA